AUGCUAAGCUCGAAUUUGGCACGAACUUCAACAACAGACGAUCCUUGGGUUGUAUGUCGAAUUUUCAGAAAAAGAAACUUCCCCAAGACCCUCCAAAGUCCCCAAUGCACAUUAUCGUCUCCAGAUUCCAGGGCCCAACCUCAUAAUUCAAUUGAAAAUGAUGUUGUUCUUAGUAAAACAUUUAAAAACAAGGCGAAGUGUUGCAAGCAACAAAAAAGAGAAAUCAUCGAUAGGAACAUCAACAACAGUAAGAUCUUGCAUUACCCGAAUCAAAUUGACAGGCAAAUCAGUGAGGAGUUUCCUAAUAUGUUCUUGCCUUUUCCAAUUCCUAGCCCAGCAAUUCCAAGAGUUUCAACAUCAUUUCCUGUUAGUAAUUUGGCUGUUAAUCUAGAAUCUUGUUUUGAGGAUUGUGAUCUUUUACUCAAUGAGAUGCUCUCAGAAACCGAACCUUCUAGCACCAACCCUAGCAGUGCUUGCACAUUGAAAAUUGGCGAGGCACCGGAGGAAAGGCCACGUGGUUGGGCUGCAGUGGACCAGCUUGUGGCAAGUCAACUCAAUGGCCAAUCCGAGACACCAGAGCAAUUAUCUGGGUAUGGUCACUCCACCAAGGACUUCUGUUUAUCUCCUCUUGAUGAUGUACCAUCAUUUCAAUUAUGUUCAAAUGGACCAAAUCAAGCUGCCCAAGUAGGGGCGGAGCUACAGUGGGGGCAGCUGCCUCGACUAGAAUUUUAA